AUGGACAUAAUCCUCUGCGAUGAGCUCCUACAAGAAAUCUUCCAACGCCUCCCUCCUCCGUCGUCUUCCGCCGUCUCAUUAGUAUCCAAACGGUGGCGCCACCUCCUCCGUUCAUCUCUCUCUUCCCUCACCCUCCGUCUCUCACCUAACCACCUCUCUCUCUCAUCCCUCACAUCCUUCCUUUCCGAUCACACUUACCUUUCUUCUCUCUCCCUCUCCACCACCACCACCACUGGAACAACCACCGUGUUCUCCGACCGCCUCCUUAUCUCCAUCUCCACCGCCUGCCGUAACCUCACGCGCCUCUCUCUCUCCACCGGUCCUGUCUCUUUGUUUCCGUUACUUUCUCUCUCUACCUCAUGUCCUUCUCUCUCUUCUCUUUCAGUUAUCCUAUCCAGACCGAUUCUCUCUCUUCACUUCUUAACCGCUUUCAACUGUCUCAAAAUCCUAACGUUAACCGUUAUUGGAAACGGCUCAACGGAAACCGUCUCUGAUCACAUCACCUCCAACAGUACUACUGAUUUGCAGUUACAAUCGAUCAGUUUGAUCGGAAUACGAGCGGAUGAUUACGCUCUGAACUGGCUAUGGAGAAAUUGCAGUUUCGAAACCCUAACGAAGCUCGUUUUCGAGAACUGUAAUGGCAUCGGCGGUAAUCAGCCGUUUUCGCGCUUCAUAACACGAUUGACGAACCUUCACGAGCUUGAAUUGAAGAUUUGCAGGUCAAUUGUUGCUUUAGUUUUGCUUAAUUUAGCUGAGAAUUGUUCAAACUCGUUAUCGUCUUUGUUAAUUUACGAUGGCGGUAACAGAGAGAGUUUGCUUCAUUUCAUCCGUGAAACGAAUUGUAAUUUACAAAAACUUGACUUACGAUUGCCUCUGGAUUUAGACGACAGUCAUUUGAUCGAAAUAGGUGCGAAAUUCGAUCGAUUACGUGUUCUUCGGUUGCAGAGUUGUGCUAUGGUUACAGGUGAAGGAUUGAAAACCCUAGGGUUAGGUUUGAGUGAUAGCCUUGAAGAACUAGCUUUAACUAACUGUGAUGUUAUUAAACGAGAAACCGGAUUCCUUGUGGAAUUAGCUCAGAGUUUACGGAAUGUUAAAACUCUGGAUCUGUCUUAUAAUCAUAUGCUGAUUGAUAAAGAGUUUGCAUCGAUGAUCAGUUCGUAUCGUGAGUUACGGAAACUGAAUAUUCGAGGUUGCAGUAGGUUAACUGAUAUAUCAUUGAUUUCGUUGUGUAAGAACUGUAAGCAUUUGAAGAGUGUUGAUUUGCUUUACUGCAAUGGAAUUUGGGUGGAAGGCGUUGAGUUUGUAAUUCUGAAUUCUCCGGAGUUGAGAAAUGUACAGGUUGAAGAUCGUAAGUUAUCGGAAGCUUCAAGAAGAUGGAUGGCCAGUAAGUUUAUUGAGGUUCAAUCCUGA